AUGGCGGCGGCCUUCGGCAGCCUGGAGACGCUGCGGGCCUUGGUGGAGGGCGGCGUGCGCGUGCGGGGCCCGCCGGGCUGGGGCACGCCGCUGCUGUCGGCCGCCGACGCCGGCCACGCCCCCGUCGUCCAGCACCUGCUCGACCUGGGCUGCGACCCCAACGCCGCCAACACGCGCGGCGCCACGCCGCUCCUCAUGGCGGCGCAGGAGGGCCACGAGCAGGUGGUGGCGCUGCUGCUGGCGCGCGGGGCCCUCGUGCGGCCGAGCACCCAGCCCGCUCGCACGGCCGUGCACUCCGCCGCCCGCAACGGCCACGAGCGCGUGCUGCGCCGCCUGCUGGACGCCGCCGACGGCGCCGCUGCC